AUGUUUUGGAACACCAUCGCGACUGGUGCGCUAUUGGCGCAGUCUGCCUCGGCGCAGAACAUGCUUCGAUUCGGAUGCUCGCAGUUGACAAUCGAGCGAGCGGAUCCUCUUGUCAAUCCUGGGAUGGGACCUUCGCCCCAUACUCAUCAGAUUAUCGGAGGAAACUCGUUCAAUCUUUCGAUGGAACCUGGUGUCUUUGACCCUGUUACGAGGUCUACCUGCACUACUUGCACAUACUCUGAAGAUUUCUCCAACUACUGGACCGCAGCUCUGUACUUCAAGUCCCCAGAGAACGGCACCUACCAACGCGUCCCCCAAUACGCCAACGUCGGCAUCCAGCAAGACGGCGGCAUGACCGUCUACUACAUGCCGUACAGCGCAAAGAACAACAAAAUGACGGCCUUCAAGCCGGGCUUCCGCAUGAUCGCCGGCGAUCCGACCACCAAGAAGAACAACCGCAUCUCCAUCUGCCACCGCUGCCUCGGAAACGGCGAGGGCUUCGCGCCGUGCGACAACAAGGACUUCGGCGAGCUGCCCACCAAGUACUGCCCCAAGGGCAUCCGCGCUACUGUUAUCUUCCCGUCCUGCUGGGAUGGAAAGAAUCUCGACUCUCCCGAUCAUAAGAGUCACGUGGCGUACUCGAACAGCGGCGGUCUUGGGAGCCCGAACUGCCCGAGCUCUCACCCCGUUGCUAUUCCUCAGGUCAUGUACGAGAUUAUGUGGGACACUGGCCGAUACAAGAACGACGCCUGGUACGGCAACGGCAAGCAACCCUUCGUCUACAGCUUCGGCGACGGCGUCGGCUACGGCCAGCACGGCGACUACCUCUUCGGCUGGAAGGACGACUCCCUGCAGAAAGCCAUGGACGCGCUCCCGAGCGGCAAGUGCGCAAACGCAAACUGCAGCGUCCUCAAGAUCCAAUCCGCCAAGGACGCGAUGGCCUGCAAGAAGAAGCAGCAGGUGGUCGAAGACGUCGGCAAGGAUGGCGCGUGGAUCAAGGAGCUCCCGGGGGGUGUCCAAGUGACGACGAAGUAA